AUGUUGGGGAUUGCAUGCGCGUUGGAGAACACGAUCAAGAUAGCGGACACAGACGAGGCCAUCAACCACAUCUAUGUCUUCACUGACAACAUCGCCGCGGGGGAUGCUAUCCGAUUCCUAGAGUCAAACAACACCCACCGAAUCACGCUGGAAUGGACUCCAGGACACAAGGGGACACGAGGAAAUGAGAGGGCUGACGAACUGGCCAAGGAGGGCACGGAGCUGGACCCGGAAACAGACACACCAACAUUUGCAGCCAUGCACUGCAUAGCAAAGGAGAACACCCUCAACGCAUGGAAAGGCAUCUGGCACGCGAAACUCAACAGAGAAGACAGUCGCUUCCACGCAGCCAACCGAUUCCUGCCCGCCCUCAAACCUCGACACCACUUCAUCGAAAACGACCGCAAGAUUUACGGGCAAAUGCUGCAGGCGCGCAUGGGAUACUGUUUUGCCGUUCCAGAAACAGUCGGACUGGGUGCCAUUGACAACAAAAUAUUCAUUGCUGUUGCCAUUGUUGUUGUCACCUUCUCUGUUACCCUCACUGUUGCCUCCACCUUUACCAUUGCCCUCACUGCCCUCCACAUUCAAGAAGAAUGA